AUGAACUCCUUGGCUCUUAACAAUCCUCCUCUUGGUCGCCGCUCGUCGCGAUAUUUGCGUCCGAUCUGCCUCGAGUUUGUUCUGUACUCUGAGACCGAGGGGAAGGAGGUGGAAGACCCCCGAGUGGGCCUGGCUAAAGAUCUGACAUUGCUCAAGGUUUUGAUUGGUCUUCUUGAGCCCAAGUUCCUUGGUGGAAGUGCAAGUCUCAAUAUAUGCGUCGUCAUUGACGCUCAGAACGGCAGCUCCACUGACAGAGAGAGCGAAGUUCAGACGGAGAAGAAACAACGAAUGGAUAGGAAGUAUGAAACUGAGACUCGAUCAAUUGUAGCGGUUGGUGUUUGCGACUACUGA